AAGUCGGUGCAGGCAGACCACGUGAAUAACAAACGCGGUCCGCUAUAUUUUGUUGUCGUUUCGCGAAGUUUGUUACUGUUGAGAUAGGAAAAAUGGAAAACCAAUCAGCAUUUGUUGCGUAUCAAGCAGCGGGUCUGAGUGCUAAUAAAGCUCAGAAAUCGGCCAAGCAAAAGAAACAGAAUAAAAGUACGAAUGCCAAAGUACAUUUCAAAGUUCCAUCACCGAAAAAACGCAAACACACAGAAGUUUCCAGUGCACAACCAGCACAAUCCAAAUCGAAUGGUACAGCAAGCUCCCCAAUCACCAACGGAAAUACAACACCGCAAUCGAAAACAAAGAAAAAGAAGAAGUCAGAUCAACAAGCUCAUACGUCAAAUGUCAGUAACGGUACAUCGGUUCACUUAAAUGAAAUGGCAUCCAUUGCAACAACAUCGUCGACUCACGAUUUGAAUUUAUCGAGUGUGGAAAAUGGUGACAAGGCAUUUGCACACCUACUACAUGGCUACGGUGUCAAGGCAUUUAUGGCAAACAAUUGGGAAAAACAACCGUUGUAUAUUUCGCGCGAACAUAAUCGUGGUCAUUAUGCCAGUUUAAAGGUGUCUACAGAAGCGAUCGACGAAAUGUUGCGGAACAAUAUUGUGGAAUACACGAAAAAUCUUGAUGUUACAUCUUAUGAGAAUGGGGUACGUGAGACGCACAAUCCAGAUGGACGCGCGUUGCCAGGUUCGGUGUGGGAGUUCUAUCGUACCGGUUGUAGUGUUCGUCUGCUCAAUCCACAAACGUUCAUCGGUCCAUUGCACAAGUUCAAUGCAACACUUCAGGAGUAUUUUCACUGUCUAGUUGGUGCAAAUAUUUACUUGACACCGCCAAAUAGUCAAGGCUUUGCACCCCACUACGAUGACAUCGAGGCAUUCGUUUUGCAAAUCGAAGGUCAAAAGGAAUGGCUGCUGUAUCCGCCACGCACCGAAGAUGAAAAAUUACCACGCGAAUCAAGUGGUAAUUUUCAACAAGAUGAAAUUGGUGAACCAAAGUUCCGGGAAAUUCUAUCGCCCGGCGAUAUGCUGUACUUCCCACGAGGCUGGAUUCACCAAGCCAAAACCGUAUCAAAUCAUCAUUCAUUGCACAUCACAUUGAGCGUGUACCAAAAGAAUGCAUUUGCUGAUCUUUUUGAAGAGUUGACGAAACAAGCAUUGAAAACGGCCAUCGAAAAAAAUGUGAAUUUCCGAAAGGGAUUACCGGUUGACAUUUGGAAUCAAUUUGGCGAAACGUACUCCGAAUUUAACGACUUGAGCGCUCGGCGAAAACAAAUCAAAACUCAUCUGAUUACCAUGUUCAAAGAAAUACAAAAUUACCUGGAUAUCGAUAGCGCAGUUGAUAAACUAGCUACAAAGUAUCAAUUCGACGCUCUCCCACCGGUGCUGGGCACAAUGGAAAAGGUGCGAACAUGCUUUGGAACGAAGCCAUUGUUGAAUAAUAAUGGAGAUAUUGUUAUGCCAGAAAUGGAUGAAGAGACAGAAGUUCGGCUUCUUCGCGCGCACAUUGUCCGAUUGACAAAAGUUGACGGGGCGUACAAUUUGUACUAUCACGUUGACAAUUCAAAAGAAUACCAUGGUAGUGACCUGAAUUUUGUCGAAGUUGAAGAAGCCACAACGGGCGUUGUAAAAAAAUUGAUUCACUUUUACCCAAAAUACGUGAAAAUUGCAAAUCUUUCGAACAACAUCGAAGAAUCUAUGGCAGUCGUCGGUAGUUUAUGGGAACGAGGCUUGAUCAUGACCAAAAAUUCAUUGGAAUAAAUAAUAAAUUGCUUAGGCUAAAAUCUCUUACGAUUAGAGAUAAUCUUAAACAAUUUUAUUAUAAUAUACAAUAUUUUGUUAACGACACAUACAAUAUUCACACAACUUAUUUUCCAAUAAAAUUAAAAUUAAUAAGA